AGCAGUGAAGUGAUUAUUUUAAUUGGCUACAAAUAUCAAAACCUUCGAUCGCUUUUUACUGAACCGUGCUCGUCAAAACUUAUUCAGAUUUUUGUUGCUGGUGAACCAGACUACGAACUCAGCAAAAUUUCCACAACGGAUAUUUUGUACAAGUGCCAGGUGUUUCCCACUUCCGGUGGAUCGGCCGUUUUCCCAUUGAUUCAUCAAUUUUGAAGGUUACCCAGAAUGUUCUAUAUUGUGGAGAUGACGGAUGCCGGAACUGCCUGGGUGGCGAUUGUACCAAGGUCUUACUUCCAUGAAGGGAAGUCGGCUUGGCCAAAAGGAAAAGAUGCAGCCACAAUUGUCAAGUCAGGGAAGCCUCCUAAACAAACUUAUCCAAGAUAUGAUGCAAGAAUCCUGCAUGCUUAUGAAACUUAUGAUGAGGCUCGUAAAAAAAUAGUUGCUGCUGAACAAACGUCGGAUUUAUCAGGCGCUGAAAAUAAUGACCUACCAAAUAAGAGAGCGAGAAUCCGACAACCACCAAUGCCAGUUGGAAGUGACGGAGAUAGUGACGAUUCUGAGAACGAGAGAGUUGUUAAAAAAGCUAAAGUUGUUCGGCCAAUUGGAUCCUCAAAUGUAAAUUCAGCCGACAUGUCCACUCUCCCUCCGAUGCCAUUACUAAAUCUACCAGAAGCUGAACAUAUCGGUCCUGACGCCGAUCUACCGGCAGGAGGACAAACGAGUUCUUUUGGAGAUGGGGGUGGCACCUCGUCACUUUUAAAUGAAGAUACGCCACCAGCCAUCAAUACAGUUGUUCCUGCACCUUUGCGAGUGGACGUAGAAUAUAAUCAAGUUUCCCAUAAUGCAAUUGGAGGACUGGAGUGGACGAUUUCUGACACGUCAACACCCAUUUUCGUUACAAAUAUUCAGGCUGAACAAUGGAAUAAGUUGCUUCAAGAUGUCUCCAACAUCAAAAUCACGUUAAAUAACAUCGAUAAGAAGCUGGACAAUAUCCUAACCAAAGAUUCUGCUCCAAAGGGCCCACCAAUAAUUAAGAAUCCUUUUGAGAAAUUGGAUGAGUUUACUACCUUUGACGAGUCCUUACUUAAUAAUGAUGAGUUGCAGUUAAAAUUGAAAUGCCAUUUAGUAUGUGGAGUAGGGGGUAAGGUUCCUGAAGUCGUCAGUGGAAUGCUGAAAAAGUUAUUUACCGAUAAACUGGCCCUUGACAUUAGUCUCAAAGGAUACAAGGGAAAUUACAAUUUCUCAGCCACGGUUAGCUUCAAAGUGAUGUCGGAUUCAGCGAUGGAUAAAAUUCCUGACGUGACCGAGAAGGAAAUUUCUAAAGCUAUGAUUUCGUGGUUCCAGCACGCCAGUGAUCGACUCAAAACAAAAAAGAAUAGUUCAGCGUAAAUUUGUUUA